AUGCCUCUGGCCGAGCACGAGCUCGCGGCGGCGGCCGCCACCUCCGCGCUCGGCGUAGCGCUCGGGGCCGCCUCCAAGUCGUACAAGGCGGCCCGCACGCUCGGCCCCGCCGCGCGCCUCCCCAAGCUCCCUUCCUCCAAGCACGUCAAGGCCGCCUUCGCCGCCGCCUCGCUCCUCCGCCUCGCUGCCGCCGCGCCGGCCUCCCUCCACGCCGCGUCGCCCGCGGGCGUCGCCGUGCUCGCCGUCCUCAAGUCUAGCUACAAGCUCUCCAAGAACACGUCUAAGAUCGUCGAGGGCUUCCUUGGCCUCCAGGUGCACAAGGGGUUCAGGAACGGGGUCGACGCGCUCGGGGUGGUCGUCAAGGUCGCCGUCAUCGUCUCUGAGGUCGCUGUCUGGGUCGGGGGCCGAUUCUGGGGUUAUGGACGCGCUCGCUGCGUCAGGUUCCUCGGCUUCACCAGACCCAGUAGCUUAGUCCUGCUUGGGUGUAGCAAAUCUGAACCCCAAGUUGUACUAUUCGAUCCUGUUCUGGUUGACAUGGAUGCUGAGGGGUGCGAAUUGGAGGAGCGAGGGGCCUCAGAAUUGCUCUCCCUUGCUGUGCCAGUGCCCCAGGUGACAACAUUAAUGAGUAUGAGUUAG